CUUGUGAACACCUUCUUCAGCUUCCUUCGACGCAAAACGGACUUUUUCGUUGGAGGAGAAGAGGGGAUGGCAGAGAAGCUCAUCACGCAGACCUUUAACCACCACAACCAGCUGGCACAGAAGGCUCGGAGAGAGAAGCGAGCUCGGCAGGAGACUGAACGUCAGGAGAAGGCAGAGCGGGCAGCCAGGCUGGCCAAGGAGGCCAAGGCAGAGACUCCUGGGCCGCAGAUCAAGGAGCUGACUGAUGAGGAGGCCGAGAGGCUGCAGCUGGAGAUUGAUCGGAAAAAGGAUGCAGAGAAUCAUGAGGUCCAACUCAAAAAUGGCAGUCUCGACUCACCUGGGAAACAGGAUGCUGAAGAGGAGGAGGAGGAAGAUGAGAAGGACAAAGGGAAGCUGAAGCCCAACCUGGGCAACGGGGCUGACCUGCCCAACUACCGCUGGACCCAGACCCUGUCGGAACUAGAUCUGGCUGUGCCCUUCCGAGUCAGCUUCCGGCUGAAAGGGAAGGAUGUGGUGGUGGACAUCCAGCGGCGGCACCUCCGGGUGGGCCUCAAGGGGCAGCCGCCGGUGAUUGACGGAGAGCUGUACAAUGAAGUAAAGGUGGAGGAGAGCUCGUGGCUCAUUGAAGACGGCAAGGUGGUGACGGUGCAUCUGGAGAAGAUCAAUAAAAUGGAAUGGUGGAACCGCCUGGUUACCAGUGACCCCGAAAUCAAUACCAAGAAGAUUAAUCCUGAGAACUCCAAGCUGUCAGACCUGGACAGUGAGACUCGCAGCAUGGUGGAAAAAAUGAUGUAUGACCAAAGGCAGAAGUCCAUGGGAUUGCCCACCUCUGAUGAACAGAAGAAACAGGAAAUCCUGAAGAAGUUCAUGGAUCAGCACCCAGAGAUGGAUUUCUCCAAAGCCAAAUUCAACUAGCUCCUGUGUUUGCCUUCCUGCACUCUUUGCCUGGAGCCCCUAAACUUCCUUUCCCCCCUUUUCCUGGGACCUUGGAACCUUAGGGCUGGGGCAGGCAUGGGACAUCCUAGGCAUGUGAGCUCCAGGGCUUCACCGGACAUGGGCUGGGUCUUGGGGUCUUCUCCUCCCCAUUUGGCCUGUUACACAUUAAAGCUCUUUAUCCUGCUCCA